AUGCCAAAGUUCAAGCGUUUACAGAAAAAACAAAACUCAAAUCAAUUAGUAUCUGAUUCUCAAGGUGCGGAAUCAACACAUUCAUUUCUCCAAUCAACAUCAUGUCUGCCACCACAUCAGACCACAUCAUUUCUGGCCACAACACAUUCAGUCCCACUAUUUCAGCCGACAUUGCAGGCGCCUCUAAUAUUUCAGCCUGCAUCACAGUCAUCUCAAUCAGUUGACUCGGCAUCACAUUCAGCUACGAUGAAUCAACUUAUGUCACAACUGGCUCCGACAGCUUAUCCUACAUCACAACCAUCUCAUUUAGUUCACUCGACAUCACAUCCAGCUUCAACAGAACAAGACUCGUCACAACAAGUUCCAACAGUUCAAGCUCCAUUCAAAAAGCGUAUUGGGCGUGAAUCACAGUCAUAUUGGACUGUAGAAGCAAUAGAUUCAGAAAACAAUGUCAAAAGGCUCAAAGUAAAAAAAACAGAUGUGCUUAAUUUAUCAGGUGAUGAACUUAUUGUGAUUAAUUUUGAUUACCUGAAUGAACCAUUUGGAGAGACUCGUAGCCUUCUUUCAGGCUUUUGUGGAAUUUUAGCAUGUGAUUGCUCUUUAUUUCCAAUCAACUUUGAGAAGUGGUCGAGUGUGCCUAUGUCAUACUUAAAUCGUGUCUUCGAUCAAAUUAUAAAGGAAAUGCGUAGAAGAAAUACUGAAAAUCGGAAAAAACAGACAAUUCCACACACAGGUGGCUCCAAAGCGAAUGCUACGAGAAGGGCAGAAAUGAUGGCUGAAACAGGACAAAGACCUGGACGAGCACAAAUAUAUAUUGCUACUCAUAAAAAUAAAGAUGGAGUAUAUGUUAAUGAAGCUGCAAAAGAAAUAUGUGAAAAAAUUGAGCUAACUUUGAGCCAAAGUACCAUGGAUGAGUCUCAAAUUUUGCCAAAUGAUGCUGUUGGUAAGGUUUUAGGAAAAGAGCACUCUGGAAGGGUUAGAUGUUUGGGAUUAGGAGUUGUCCCAAGUAAAGUUUUUAAACAAGUAAGACCGCGUUUUGGUGGUGCAAGUACUUCAAGUAGUGAAGGCUCAUGUUCGUCCCAAUGGCAAGAAAACCACAAUCAAUGA